CAGCGGGUUUUUACACUGUGGCCUGGCUUUAUCACAGGGAAAACAAAUAUUUUUAAUAUGCUCCAAGCAAAAUGUUCGUCUUUAUUUAUAUGUGUUGCUGCAUUAUUGAUGGUGAGCUGUCAUGGCACUGAACACGUUGCGGAACAAGGCGCCAGAGGUGGUGAACAUGCUGCAGCUGGCAAACUGGAAACAUUUGAUUUCACCUUUAACUCAACUAAUAUGACUCAUUUCGCCUAUGGAAUUGCUGCAAAUGUAGUUGCUGUGUUGUUGUAUGGAAGCAACUUUGUUCCUGUCAAAAGGAUAGAGACAGGAGAUGGAAUGUUUUUUCAGUGGAUAAACUGUGCAGCCAUAUGGUUUGUGUCUAUGGUUGGAGACUUGAUGCUUCAGUCGCCCAAGUUCCACCCUUUUGCAAUGCUUGGAGGUGUGAUCUGGGCUACAGGAAAUAUAGCAGCGGUUCCGAUUGUUAAAGCGGUCGGCCUCGGUCUUGGGAUUUUAAUUUGGGGAUCCUCUAGUUUGUUGAUGGGCUGGGCCAGUUCAAGGUUUGGCUGGUUUGGGAUUGCUGCUCAGGAUGUUUCCAGGCCCAUAUUAAAUUACUGUGGAGCUGGGUUAUGUCUAUUGAGUGGGCUGAUCUUUCUCUUUGUGAAAACGGACGUGGAGCUGCAUCCCAAUUCAGAAUCGAUUCCGCUACUUAUCGACAGGAGGACAAGUUCAGGCAGUUAUGGACCAAGUUCCUCUGAGUUCUGGAUAGAUGUCAUUGGACCAAAGACCAGGCGGUUCAUAGGCUGCCUGCUUGCUGUUGUGUCUGGCCUCUUGUACGGUUCCUCCUUUGCACCUAUCCUCUACAUUAAAAGCCAUUCAUCAAGCCAUGACAGCAUGUUCUAUGGAGCCAGUGUCUAUGACCUCGACUACGUUUAUGCGCAGUGCUCUGGUAUCUUUCUUGCGAGCACAGUGUACUUUACCAUCUACUGCGCUGCUAUGAAUAACAGGCCCCGGGUUUACUCCAGAGCCAUCCUACCAGGUCUAUUGUCUGGACUGAUGUGGGCAUUGGCUACAUACUGCUGGUUCCUUGCCAAUAACUACCUGAGUGCCGUCAUUACCUUUCCCAUCGUCACUGCAGGAUACGGUCUGGUUGCAGCACUGUGGGGAUCCUUGGUGUUCAGAGAGAUUAAGGGUUUAGCCAACUGCUUUAUCUUCUUCUUGGCCUCCUGUGUUGUCCUGACUGGCUCCUUGCUGACUGCCAUCUCAAAGCUCUAAUAAUGCAGAAGUCUGUUGAAAACAUCUAGUGAUCAUCAUUUUCCUCCAGCUCCCCACCUGAUUUAGAUAAUAAUGUCCUUGGUUUUAUAAAACUCUUUGAAUCCGAUCAGAUUAAAAUCAAAAGCAUGAUAGCAGAGCUCAGUGUGAGGCUUUCUUUGUUCUGCAUAAUGUGGUUUUGAGCCAACAGGGUUUAUACUCAUAGCUAACAUUGGGUGGCAGUGUCUCUCACUUUCUGGAGGAGAUGAAGUUUGCUGUUGAA